AUGGCUGAGGAGGAGGCCAAGAAGGUGGAGGUGGAGGUCACCAAGGACAAGGAGCCCGAGGCGGCGCCCGCGCCCACGGAGGCCGAGCCGGAGGCGGCCAAGGAGGACGUCGCCGAGGAGAAGGCCGUCAUCCCCGCGGCCGAGCCGCCGGCCGCCGAGGAGAAGCCGCCGGCGCCGGCCGACGACACCAAGGCCCUGGCCAUCGUCGAGAAAGUUGCAGAUGAACCUGCUCCAGAGAAGCCUGCCGCUGAGAAGCAAGGGGGCUCCAAUGACAGAGAUCUCGCUCUUGCAAGGGUGGAAACAGAGAAGAGGAACUCUUUGAUCAAAGCAUGGGAAGAGAAUGAGAAGACAAAAGCUGAGAACAAGGCUGCUAAGAAAGUAUCCGCUAUUCUUUCAUGGGAGAACACAAAGAAAGCAAACAUAGAAGCUCAACUGAAGAAGAUUGAGGAACAACUGGAAAAGAAGAAGGCUGAAUAUGCUGAGAAGAUGAAGAACAAGGUUGCAAUGAUCCACAAGGAAGCCGAAGAGAAGCGAGCGAUGGUGGAGGCAAAGCGCGGUGAGGAGGUGCUGAAGGCCGAGGAGAUGGCUGCCAAGUACCGGGCCACCGGCCACGCUCCUAAGAAGCUCAUCGGGUGCUUCGGAGCCUAA